AUGGGUUGGGGGCUGAAAAUAAGGAACAUUGUGAGUGCAAAAACACCAAACUUUCAUCGGACUUAUGCGGUGUUUCAUAUUUUUAUGGUUAUUUGUGGUUUGGACUUUUUCGAUGACGAUUUCAUGGUUGGAACGUUCAACACACUCCGCUUUCUGGGACCGCUGGGAAGCAUUGCAAUUGCUUAUUACAUGUGCAUUGCUCAUAUUAUACGCUACAUUGAUGACACAGAUUCACUAAUUCUCAGCUUAGCAGCGUUUAUCUCAGGAACAGAAUUAGUUCUGAAGAUCACCGGAAUGGUUUUAAACCGUGCGAAAGGCGCUCGACUCAUUGCUACGGCUUUAAAUGAUAAAAGUUAUGAAGAUGGACCAAUGGAAAGAUUCAUUUUUCUGAAAUAUCAUAAGAUGUGCAGGAAACUCAUGCUAAUCACACUGUUUUCGUAUCCUGCUACGGCCCUAAUGAUGUUGUCUUAUCCUGUCAUUGCUGGAAAAUUGGAUGAAUACAUGCUACCCAUCGGUUAUUCAAUCCCGCACAUAAGUCAUAAACAACAGCCCUGGUACUCUAUAAACUAUUUCAUGAUCUCUGUUCAGACAAUUUGGCUUGCACUAGCAUUCAUGGGUUUGGACGGUCCUUUUUAUAUUUAUCUCUGCUAUUCUACGUGCAAGCUCGAGAUUCUUAAAAAUUACGUUGAUCAAAUUGGUGAAUCUGAUGAUAUUGAAGAACAACGAAAUCUAAUGCGAAAAAUUAUUGGCAUUCACGCAGACAUACUAAGAUUCCUAAAAGAAUGUUCAAACUUCUUUCGUGACAUCUAUUUAGCUCAAGUGUUAUGUUCAAUUGCGCACAUUUGUAUGUCACUUUUUCAUGUACAACUUAAAUUCAAAAAUAGCUCUUACGGCAUGCUGGUUACGAACGUGGUCAAGAUGUGGAUUUUCUGUUACUGUGGAGAACUCGUUGUUACCAAGUCUAACCAACUUUCGACAGCAAUGUACAACAAUCGUUGGUAUAGACUUUGGCGCAACCAGGAUCUUAAAGCGAUUCAGUUCAUUCUGGCAAACACACAAACGGCGGCUGGUUUCUCAGUUGGAGGAUUUGGAAUAUUAUCAUACGAAACAUUCACCGUGAUUAUGAAAACUGCGUAUAGCUGCAAUGCGUUUCUUCACAAUGUGAUGAAAUGA